AAAAGAAAAAAAAUGCCAACGGCAGCAGUAGCACUAAGGCUGCGUAAAAGCAAAAGACACUACUCUAAAGAGAGAAACAGAGAUCUACCAGCGAAGCAAAGCCAUGGGAUGAUAGAGAGAGAGUGUGUGUGUGUGUGUGAGAAAACGAAAGCUAUUGAGCUCUUUAUCCCACGGGAGCUACUUUUAUUGAUUUUCCAUCCAAUUUUCAUUAUCUGCUUUUCCUUUUCCGGGAUUAUACAAUAGUUUACUGAAAGCCCAGACCGCAGUUUUUGGUACCUGUACAGUUUUGGGGAGUUGAGGUCUGUUAAUCAGGUUUAAUCUAAGUGUAUCCAAGGCAACAGAGAGCAAUUUCUGCUACCUGCUUAGUUUUUGGGACUUGAAUUUCAUUCAUCAGAUUAUCGAUUUUCAGUGCAAGACUAGAUAAAAUAGACAAGGAGGGUCAGGUAGGAAAAUCCAAUUCUGAGCAUCACUGCUGAAUUGGCACGAACUCUCUGGUGGACAAACACUUUGGGUGGUUACAACAGAAUUCUGUGGCAUUAGUUGGAACCAUGGCUACCAUUUCGCACACGAAUUCUAGACGGAUGUACUCUUGGUGGUGGGACAGUCAUAUUAGCCCCAAAAAUUCCAAAUGGCUUCAGGAAAAUCUUACUGAUAUGGAUGCCAAAGUCAAAUCAAUGAUAAAGCUCAUAGAAGAAGAUGCUGAUUCCUUUGCAAAGAGGGCAGAGAUGUAUUAUAAGAAACGUCCAGAGCUCAUGAAAUUGGUAGAAGAGUUCUACCGUGCGUAUCGUGCACUGGCUGAAAGAUAUGAUCACGCAACUGGAGUAAUUCGUCAUGCCCACCGGACUAUGGCAGAAGCUUUUCCUAACCAAGUUUCCCUUAUGCUUGAUGACUCACCUGCAAAUUCUGCUUCUGGGCCUGAUCAUCAAACACCUGAGAUGUCCACCCCUGUACGGGUGUUCUUUGAGCCUGACGAAUUGCAAAAUGAGGCACUUGGGCUGUCAGCUUUGCAUUCCAAUGGUGCUAAGAGGAAUGGCACAUUAACCGAAGAUGGCAGGGUGAGAAAGAGCCUCCAGUUUCAUGAGGCAGAGGAGAAAGAAAAAAAUGUACUAAGCAGUGAUAAACAAAGUCACAAUAGCCAACUGCUGUCUGAGCAGAAUCAAGUGCAUGAAUCUGAGGAGAUUCUAAGCUUGAAGAAAGCUCUUGUCAAAGUAGAAGAAGAGAAGGAAGCUGGCCUUAUGCAGUACCAGCAGAGUUUGGAGAAAUUGUCAAUGCUGGAAUAUGAAAUAGCACGUGCCCACGAAGAUUCCAAGGGACUCAGUGAACAAGCAAGCCAAGCUCAAGCCCAAGCUGCAACAUUGAAGGAAGCCCUCACUAAGUUAGAAACUGAAAAAGAGGCUAAUCUUUUGCAGUACCGCCAGUGCUUAGACAGGAUAUCUGAUCUGGAGAAAACCAUCUCUCGUGCCCAAGAGGAUGCUGAGGAACAUAAUCAGAGAGUUUAUAAGGCUGAAACUGAAGCUCAAUCACUUAAAGAUGAACUCACGAAGGUGUCUGCUGAAAAAGAUGCUGCACUUGACCAGUACAUGAGUUCUCUGGAGAUGAUAUCAAACCUGGAGCACAAAUUACAAUGUACUGAAGAGGACAUCAGCAAGUUGAAGGAGCGGGCUGAGAAGGCUGAAAACGAGGUUGAAACACUGAAGCAAGCUAUUUCCAGGUUGACUCAGGAGAAGGAAGCUGCAGAGGUUCAGUAUCACCAGUGCUUGGAAACAAUUUCUAGUUUAGAGCGUAAUCUCUCUUCUGCUCAGGAGGAGGCUAAACGUCUGAACGUUGAGAUAGAGAAUGGAAUUGCCACCUUAAAGGGUGCUGAGGAGCAAUGCCUCCUUUUAGAAAGAUCAAAUCACUCUCUGCAGUCUGAGGUGGAAGUCUUGAUGCUCAAGAUGGGUAAUCAAAGUCAAGAACUUACAGAAAAGCAGAAGGAACUGGGAAGACUUUGGACUUGUAUACAAGAAGAGCGCUUGCGUUUUGUGGAGGCUGAAACUGCUUUCCAGACACUGCAGCAUUUGCAUGCCCAAGCACAGGAAGAACUUCGAUCUUUAUCCUCAGAGCUCCAGAAUAAGGUUCAAACUCUGAGGGAAAUGGAAACUCAUAAUAAGGGGUUGCAUGAAGAAGUUCUGAAGGUGAAGGAGGAGAAUAAAAGCCUCAAUGAGCUCAGAGUUUCUUCAGCAAUUACAAUAAAAGAUUUGCAGAAUGAAAUAUCUAGCUUAACUGAAACUAAAGGGGAACUCGAGGAAGAGGUUGAGCUUCGACUGGACCAAAGAAAUGCUCUUCAGCAAGAAAUCUACUGUCUAAAAGAAGAACUAAAUGACUUCAAUAAAAAACACUCGUCCAUCAUGGAGCAGGUACGUGCAGUAGGACUGAAUGCAGAUUCAUUUGGAACAUCAGUGAAGGAAUUGCAGGACGAGAACUCAAAUCUGAAAGACUCCUGCCAGAGGGAAAGCAGUGAGAAGUUAGCUCUUUUGGAAAAACUGGAAAUUCUGGAACAGCUCCUUGAGAAAAAUUCCAUUUUGGAGAAUUCUCUAGCAGAUUUAAAUGCUGAACUGGAAGCUGUUAGGCACAAGAUAACAGCUCUAGAAGGAUCUUGCCAAUCUCUUUUGGAGGAGAAAUCAGCUCUUCUUGAUGACAAGGCAUCAUUACAAGCUCAGCUGCAGGAUGCAAAUCAAAGUUUGGAAAAUCUAUCAGAGAAGAACACUUUUCUAGAGAAUUCCCUGUCUGAUGCUCUUGAUGAACUUCAAGGGUUGAAGACAAAAUCAAGGAGCUUAGAAGAGUCCUGCCAGUUGCUAGUUGAUGAGAAGGCUAGAGUUGUCGCUGAAAAGGAUGUUUUGACUUCUCAACUUGAAAGCACCAAAAUGAGACUAGACGACCUAGAGAGAAGAUAUUUAGACCUGGGAGAACAGUACUCAGAUCUGGAGAAGGAGAAAGAAUCAUCAGAUUGUAAGAUACAAGAAUUACAGAUUUCUUUGGAUGUACAAAAGCAAGAACAUGCUAGUUUCACCCAUACAAGGGAGAUGCAGUUGGCUUGUUUGGAAAGUGACAGGAGUCUCUUGCAAGAGGAGAUAAAUUCCAGUAAGAGAGAAUUCAACAAGGAGCUGGAUAACUCCUUUCAUUCCCACAUUGAAGUCUUUAUCUUAAGAAAAUGUGCUCGGGACCUAGAAGAAAAAAAUUUCUACCUGUCAGCCAAGAAUCAGAAACUCUUUGAGACAUCUAUAUCAUUGGAGAAGAUGCUUUAUGAGUUAAAGAAAGAUAAUCUUAGUCAAAAAGCUAAGAUUAUCUCCUUGUCUGAUGAAGGCAGCACUCUGAGGAAGGGGAUAUUCCAGUUGCUCAAGGCUCUUGACAUUGUUCCAAUCCAUGAUAAUAGCAAUAGGAGUGGGCAGGACCAAACUUUUCUGAAUCACAUUCUAAGCAAGCUUGAAGGUGCCAAAAAAUCUAUGUAUGAAACUGAAGAAGAAAAUCUGCGCCGGUCUGUAGAGUUGUCAGUUCUUGUUGCAAUGAUUGGACAACUAAGGAUUGAUGCACAAAAUCUUGAGUUGGAGAAAUGCAUCAAUGACCAGGAGUUGAGGAUCAGACAUGAGCAGCUGUUUGCUUUGCAGAAUGAGGCCCUCAAGCUGCAUGAGAUGAAUGAAGAACUAAGAACACAACUAAUAGAGGGAGAUCACAAACAGGAAUCCUUACUAACUAAAGUUUCAGAUUUGCAGAAGAAGUUGCAGGAUUUACGAGGGUCUUACCUUGAUUUGCAGAGUGAAAAUUCAAAAACUUGCGAGGAGAAAGGAUCCUUAACAAAGGAGUUCUUAUUGCUGGGGGAAAAAAAUGGUACACUGGAAGAGGAAAACUCUGUUGUCUUCAGGGAAAUGCUAUAUCUGGGUCACCUUUCUUCCUUCUUCAGGAGCUGUGUGGAUGAAAAGUCUUUGGAAAUAAGAGCACUGGCUGAAGAACUAGAUGAAGUAAAUAAUGAUAAUGAUGAUCUUAGGAAAAGAUUGAACUUAAUGGAGAGGAAAUUGGGUGAGGUUUUAAUUCAGAAGGAAAUAGAACUACAGCAACUACAUGAAGAUCAUCAAAAGACAAAAGUUAGAGAGGAAACUCUGCUCUCUGAGCUCGAAAUGGCAAGGGAUGAUAUUGAAACGUGGGAGGCAUAUGCUUCAGAUUUGUUUGUUGAACUAGAGGCUUCCAAGCUCUACCAAAUUCUUUAUGAAGAGACGCUUCAUCAGCUCACUGAAGCAUGCGAGACUCUUAAAAAUGAAAGCACUACCAAAGAUGCUGAUAUCAAGCUUCUGAGAGAAAGAGCAAAUUUGUUGGCAAGUCAAAAUGAAGGUCUAAAUGUUCAGCUGAGUGCUUAUGGCCCCGCUAUUACUUCAUUAAGUGAAUGCAUAUCAUCCCUAGUCAAGCGCACCUGUUUGCAUGGACAGCUUGAGAUACCUCAAUAUGAAGAGCAAAAGGAUGCUGAAGUGCUAGAUCAUGUAUGUGAAAAUGGAGGCAACGACAUUGAGGAAGUAGUGGCUGAUCCAAUUUCAGCUUUACAGGAUCUCCACUGGAGGAUUCAAUCUAUUGAGAAGGCAGUUACUCAGAGAGAACAUCUCCUGAAGCAGGAAAACCAAAGCGUGCAUUCAGAGCUUGAGACUGCUAAGAAACAGAUUGCAGAGUUAAAAUCUGAGAGCAAUCAGCGUAGGAGAAACUCUAAGCCAACCUCUGAAUGGUCUGAGAUGGACAAUGGGCUUUUGACAAAAGAUAUUAUGCUUGACCAGAUAUCUGAAUUUUCACCUUAUCAAAUCAGUAGGAGAGAACAGGGUGAUGCUGAGGUGCAAAACAUUGAGUCAUGGGAAACAGUUGAUCAUGAUGGCAGUAUUGAUCUUACUGUAGGCAAGUCCAAUAAGAUGGUGAACCCAUCGACUGAGAAAAUUACCAAUCUCCAUCGGGUUAAAUCAGCAAAGAAACAGAAGAAUGAACUACCUAUUUCAGAUAUUCUUAUUGAAAAGGAGCUGGGAGUGGACAAGUUGGAAUUUUCAAAGAGAUCUACAGAGCCUCUUCAGGAAGGGAACAGGAGGAAGGUAUUGGAAAGGCUUAAUUCUGAUGUCCAGAAAUUGACAAAUCUUCAAAUUACAGUGCAAGACUUGAAGAGGAAGCUUCAGAUCAUUGAGAAGAGCAGAAAGGGAAAAGCUAUAGAUGAAUGUGAUAUUUUAAAGGAGCAGCUGGAAGAAGCAGAGACAGCGAUCUUGAAGUUAUUUGAUCUUAAUGGCAAACUAAUGAAAAAUAUGGAAGGUACGCCCUUAUCUUCUCAUGCAAAGUCUUCUUCAAUGGAGUCUGAAGAAAGUGGAAGUGGAAGGAAGAGGAAAACUUCAGAACAGGCACGAAGAAUAUCCGAGAGAAUUGGGCGAUUGCAGUUGGAGGUGCAGAAGAUACAGUUUGUUUUACUAAAGCUGGAUGAUGAAAAAGAUAGCAGCAAAGGCAAAAGUAAAAUUUCCGAGAUGAAAAGAAGAGUUCUGCUCAGAGACUAUCUGUAUGGUUAUGGAGUAGUAAGAUCGAACCACAGGCGAAAGAAAGCACCCUUUUGUGCAUGCGUCCGGCCACGGACGGAAGGAGACUGAAGCAUUUCCCUCGUUGCAUCAUCACGCUGGUUAAUGAUCCUGUAUACUUUCUGUUCACUCAGUUAACCACCAGUCAAAUUUUAAAGCUACAUGUUUUCUGGUGGUUAAAGAAAUCCUAUUAUCCUUUGUCUAGAUAAACUUCUGUAAAUCUUUGGUCCAUCUCAGAAAAUAAGCUGCAGCCUUCCUUGUAGUUAAAAAGUGUUUUUUCCCUAAGGUGACCUAUCGUGCCAUUCCUUUUUGGUGCCAUCUUCUCUGCUACAUCUUAUCGUUUCUGGUGGAUAAAGAAGAAGCUGUUACCUGCCCAUACUCGAGCAGAUGGCAGGUUACAAAACUGACUGUUACCAUCUCCCUUUUGUCAACUAAUCGGUGAUAUGUUUCUACUUCACUCGUUUACAUUUUCCUUAAUUUCAAGAUCCAACCUGGAAUUGAAAGAGCA